AUGGAUCCCUUGUUUUGGACUUCAGAAACUAACAACUUUCGACCUUUCACCCGUGAGUCCUUGGCAGCAAUUGAGAAAAGAAUUGCUGAGAAAAAAUCCCAGAAAGCUGAAGCUAAAAGGGAGAACAAGGACAAAGAAGUUGAAGAAAAUAAGCUUACUCCUAAGCUUGAUCUGAAAACCUGCAAAAAACUGCCAUCUGUGUAUGGGGAUCUUCCUGCGGAGCUCAUUGGGGAACCCCUGGAGGAUAUUGAUUCAUACUACAGUGAUCACAAGACUUUUAUGGUAUUAAACAAAAGUAGGAUUAUUUACCGGUUUACUGCCACAUCUGCCUUGUGUAUAAUUAGUCCUUUUAAUCCAGUCAGAAAAGCAGCAGUUAAAAUUAUGAUCCAUUCAUUAUUUACUUGCUUUAUUAUAUGUACUGUGGUACUCAAUUGUGUUUCCAUGGCUGUAAUGCUUCCACGUGAACUCUACUGGACUGAAUAUAUUUUUACUGGCAUAUAUACUUGUGAAAUAUUGAUAAAAGUACUAGCAGCAGGAUUUGUUUGGAAUGAAUUUACCUUUCUUCGAGAUCCAUGGAACUGCAUGGAUUUUGUCACUACUGUCAUAACGUAUGCUACUAUGGGCAAGGGUUCAGCUCUUCGAACUUUCAGGGUACUGAGGACUUUGAAAGCUAUUUCAGUAAUACCAGGUCUGAAAGUCAUCGUAAAUUCACUUAUUGAAUCUGUUAAGAGACUUACAGAUGUGUUGAUCUUCACUGUUUUUUGCUUGAGUAUAUUUGCUCUAAUAGGCCUUCAGCUUUUUAUGGGCAAUUUAACAUCCAAAUGUGUCCUCAAUAAUACUGAUUACAAUGACACAUUAUGUAAGGAUGCUAAGAUCUAUGUACCAGAUACUAAAGGUAAAUUUUAUUCUUUUCUCUCAUUUCAUAAUGUGUAUAUCUGCGCUAGAAUGAAUAAAUCUUCUGAAAUAUUGCUCUGUGGGUUCAGUUCAUAUCCUGACAAUGAGUGCCCCCAAAACUAUAUCUGUAGGAAGAUUGGGAAGAAUCCUGACUUUGGUUAUACAAGUUUUGAUCAUUUUGGUUGGGCUUUCCUUUCUUUGUUUCGUCUUAUGACACAGGAUUACUGGGAACGUCUCUACAGACAAACUAUUCGUACAUCUGGAAAGAGCUAUGUUUUAUUUUUUAUGGCAGUCAUCUUUUUAUGCUCAUUUUAUCUCUUCAAUCUGAUCUUGGCUGUGGUAACUUUGGCAUAUAAAGAGCAAAAUAAAGCUCUAGAGGAAAAAGAAAAAUUACUUCAGGAUGCCUAUCAAGUUCUAGAGGAAGAACAGAUGUUGGCUACGGGAGAAGGUAAUAAGGCCCUACAUGUUGAAUCCAAAAUGUCAGCUGCUGAGUUAAAAACUUCAGAAGAAAAAGAGAUGAAAAAAGAAAAACCUACUUUAAGAAAAAGUUCAAUUUUAAGUGAUCAUGACAAAGAUGAGCACAUAUUUCAGUCACAGCCUAUUCACUGCCAGAAGAAGCUUAGGCAGUUACUGCUGUCCUAUGAAUUGUCAGUGGACUCUAUUAAUGAUCCUUUUCAAAGACAAAGGUUAAUGAGUGCAGCCAAUAUUAUUACAGGUAAUUAGUAAAUGCAAAAGUCAAAAAUUACAUGCCCUUCUCGAUGGAAGCAUCUUACUCGAAAGUGUCUAAUUUGGAAUUGUUGUCCAUUCUGGAGAGCACUCAAAGAGAAGGUGAAAAUGGUAAUUUUGAGUCGAUCUGCUGAUAACUUGAUCAUGGUUUGCAUUAUUGCAAAUACCUUUCUCAUGGCUUUGGAGCAGCCUCAUGUGAACUCUGAUUAUCAAGAAAUAUUUCGUAGAAGUGACUUGGUCUUCACCGUGAUUUUUACAACAGAAAUGAUCUUGAAAAUCAUUGCUCUUGAUCCUUACAACUAUUUUCAGCAAAAAUGGAAUAUUUUUGAUAGCAUAGUUGUUAUGAUUGACCUAAUAAGCUUUAAAGAAAAUCUAUCAUAUUUCAGGCUGCUCAGGAUCUUCAAAUUGGCAAAAUUCUGGCCAGCCUUAAAUACUCUUAUGAAAAUAAUUCUAAACUCAGUUGGUGCUCUGGGUAACCUCACUCUGGUUUUGAUUAUCACUAUAUUUAUUUUUGCUGUAGUAGGAAGGCAGGUUUUAGGCACUUAUUAUAAAGAAUAUUCUCAUAAAAUAAGCACUGAUGAACAAUUGCGCUGGCAUAUGAAGGAUUUUUAUCAUUCAUUCCUGAUUAUAUUCCGAAUAUUAUGUGGAGAAUGGAUUGAAACCAUGUGGGAAUGUAUGGAAGUGGCUGGAAAAGGGCUGUGUCUUCCCAUUUUCUUGGUAGUCCUGGUCAUAGGAAACCUGGUGGUGCUCAACCUAUUCAUUGCCUUGCUGCUGAAUUCGUUCAAUACUGACUCUUCAACGGAUCAAGAGGUAUCUGGACAAAUGACCAAAAGUCAGAAGACUGUUGCGCAGAUUCGCAAGGGCCUGCAGUCUGUGAAAGACAGAAUUUUGGGCCAUUGUGGCAAAACAAUGAAACGAAGCCUCAAAACAACAGCCAAAAAGAAGACUUCGGUGAAAAUUUCAGCCAAAGACAUAGAGGAAAAUAACUAUGCCAUGACAGAUGUCAGAAAGGAUAUAGACAACAGCUGCUUAGACCUGACUUAUUACAAUACUGAAAGAAAUUGCUCAGUAACAAGGAAAUAUGAACAAUUUUUGACCAGUCAUAGUACCUGUGUUCCCAUUGCAGUACCAGAAACUUACAUGGAUGAAGGUGGUGAUGAGCACAGUCUAUGCACAGAAAUAGAAUACAGAAAACAGAAAUAUGAUGGUGGUAGCUAUUCUGAAGCCAGCACUGUGGAUCCAGUUGUUCUCCUGGAGACCUUUUCCCAGCCUCAAACCUCACACCUACCCAAGGGCUGUUUUACAGAAAGUUGUGUUGAAUGUUUUCCAUGUUGUGCAGUGGAUGCCACUAGGUUUCCAGGCAGAACUUGGUGGAACUUUAGAAAAACCUGUUACAGAAUUGUUAAACAUAGCUGGUUUGAACAUUUUAUAAUUUUUAUUAUAAUAUUGAGCAGCGCCGCACUGGCAUUUGAAGAUAUUCACCUACAGGAGAGACGAAAAGUGAAAAUGCUCCUAGAAUAUGCUGAUAAAAUGUUUACCUACAUCUUUUUUAUGGAGAUGCUGCUGAAAUGGGUGGCUUAUGGUUUGCCCAGUUAUUUCACAAAUGCCUGGUGUUGGCUCGACUUCAUCAUUAUAUGUGUAAGUAUUGUAUUCAGCUUGUCUUAUGUAUUGAUUUGUUCCUCUGAGAAUGCCCUGAAAUCUCUCAGGACUCUUAGAGCAUUGAGGCCUCUUCGAGCUUUGUCAAGAUUUGAAGGGAUAAAGGUUGUUGUGAAUGCACUCUUGGGAGCCAUCCCCUCAAUCUUGAAUGUUUUGCUCGUCUGUAUUGUCUUCUGGCUCCUAUUUAACAUUGCAGGAGUAAAAUUACUUGGAAAAAAAUUUUGGAAAUGCACACUCUCAAAAGGAAAUACCAGUUCAAUUUGGAACAAAACUGAUUGUACUCACUGUAAUGGCAUAUGGACAAAUAGUGGUGUGAACUUUGAUAAUGUUGGGAUGGGAUACUUGGCUCUCCUCCAAGUGGCAACUUUUAAAGGUUGGAUGGAUAUUAUGUAUGCAGCAGUGGAUUCUCGUCAGAUAGAUGAACAGCCAAAGUUUGAAGCAUUCUCAGCCAUGUAUAUGUAUUUUGUGAUUUUCAUUAUUUUUGGAUCUUUCUUCAUGCUGAACCUUUUCAUUGGAGUAGUUAUCAGCAAUUUCAACCAACAAAGGAAAAUGAUAAGUGGAAAAGAUCUAUUUUUGACUGAGGAACAGAAAAAGUAUUAUAAUGCCCUAAAAAAACUUGGAUCAAAGAAACCUCAAAAACCCAUCCCAAAACCAUUGAAUACGUUCCAAGGAUUGCUGUUUGAUAUAGUAUCACACAAAGCAUUUGAUAUUACCGUUGCAGUUUUCAUCUGUCUAAAUAUGGUCAUUAUGAUGGCAGAAAAUAACCAGGACAACGUCAAGGAUGUUCUUAAUAAGAUCAACCUGUUUUUUGUGGCAGUGUUUACUGGGGAAUGUAUCAUAAAAAUACUAGCCUUAAGACAUUACUUUUUCACCUGUGGCUGGAACAUAUUUGAUUUAGCUGUUGUGAUCCUUUCACUAGUUAGUACUGGACUUGCUGAAGGCUUUCAAACUUGGUUCUCCCCUACGGUUCUGAGAAUUUUUCGUUUGGCAAGAAUUGGCCGAAUCCUGAGAUUAAUUCGACAAGCUAGAGGAAUUCGAGCCCUGCUUUUUGCAUUACUGAUGUCUCUUCCUGCACUGUUCAACAUUGGUCUUUUGCUAUUUCUGGUUAUGUUCAUUUAUGCCGUUGUGGGCAUGACAAACUUUGCCUGUGUUGGCUGGGAAGGUGGGAUUAAUAACCUUUUCAACUUUCAAACCUUCGAUAGUAGCAUUCUCUGUCUCUUCCAAAUUACAACAUCAGCUGGCUGGGAUGGUCUUCUGGCCCCUCUGUUAAAAGAAUCUAAUUCAUGUGCUCCCAACUUAAAUUUAACAAGUGAGCAGAAAAAAAAUUGCAGAAGUAGGGGGGUUGGGAUUUUUUAUUUUGUAAGCUAUGUCAUUAUAUCAUUUCUUAUUGUUGUAAAUAUGUACAUAGCUGUCAUUUUAGAGAAUUUCAAUGUUGCCACUGAAGAAAGCACAGAUCUUCUUUGUGAGGAUGACUUUGAUAUGUUUUAUGAGACCUGGGGAAAAUUUGAUCCUCAGGCAACACAGUUUAUCGAAUAUUCUGCUCUUUCAGACUUUGCAGAUGCUCUGGCAGAACCCUUGCGCAUUCCAAAGCCUAAUAAAAUUCAGCUCAUAUCCAUGGACCUCCCUCUAGUUAGUGGAGAUAAGAUCCACUGCUUGGAUAUCUUGCUUGCUUUCUCUAAAAGGGUUUGGGGAGAAUCUGGAGAUUUGGGUGAUCUUGAAAUGCACAUUGAAGAAAAAUUUAUGGCUGAUGAUCCAGCUAAAACUUCUUGCAAGCCAAUUACUACUACCCUUAAAAGGAAACAAGAGGAAGUAUCAGCUCGUAUUAUUCAAAAGGCGUUCCGGAGGUAUUUGGUGCAGCGCUCUUCUAAAAAGAAACCUUUCUUAUACCACCGUAGACGCUACAACAGUGCUGUCCUUGAAGAAAGAACAUGUGAGAAAGAAACUCUUAUUGCAUCAAUGCUUAAUAAAGAUAAUGGUAGGAAGCUAGACAAAUCAUGGACAACAUCUUCCAUAUCUCUCCCUUUAUUUUAUGAUGGUAUUGCUGAAACAGAUAGCAAUAAUAUGGACACACAAGGUUGCCCCAGGCUGCAUCAUUUUUGA